AUGAAAACCACGUGGAAAGAGAUCGCACCUGUGCCAACCAGCCAGGAAUUCCUUGACAUCGUCCUCAGUCGAACCCAACGACGACUGCCGACUGUUAUUCGUGCUGGAUUCCAGAUCAGCCGUAUCAGAGCAUUCUAUACUCGAAAAGUCAAGUUCACGUCAGAAACCUUUUGCGAGAAAUUCCAGGCCAUUCUCGAUGGCUUUCCUCGCUUGCAGGAUAUUCAUCCUUUCCAUAAGGACUUGAUGAACACGCUGUACGAUGCCGACCAUUUCAGAAUUGCCCUCGGUCAAAUUUCAACCGCCAAACACCUAAUUGAGACGGUUGCUCGCGACUAUGUGCGACUCAUCAAAUACGCACAAUCGCUCUUUCAAUCCAAGCAGCUGAAGCGUGCUGCGCUCGGUCGCAUGGCCACCAUUUGCAAGCGUCUCAAAGACCCCCUCCUCUAUCUUGAACAAGUGCGCCAGCAUCUGGGUCGUCUGCCGUCGAUUGACCCCAACACCCGCACUCUCUUGAUCUGCGGAUAUCCCAAUGUCGGAAAGUCCAGUUUCUUGCGCAGCAUUACCCGCGCCGACGUUGAUGUGCAGCCAUAUGCCUUCACAACCAAGAGCUUGUUCGUUGGUCAUUUUGACUACAAGUACUUGCGCUUCCAGGCAAUCGACACUCCGGGUAUUCUGGACCAUCCUCUCGAAGAGAUGAACACUAUUGAAAUGCAGUCCAUCACUGCUAUUGCGCACUUGCGAUCAGCCAUUAUGUAUUUUAUGGACCUGUCGGAGCAGUGUGGAUAUUCGGUCGCGGACCAGAUCAAACUUUUCAGCAGUAUUAAGCCUCUUUUUGCCAAUAAGCUUGUGUUUAUUGUCAUCAACAAGAUCGAUGUCAGACGCCCAGAAGACCUUGACCCAGAGACCAAGGAAUUGCUGGAUUCUGUCUUGAAGCAGAGCGACGUUGAGAUGCUUCAGCUAUCUUGCACUACUACUGAAGGAGUCACAGACGUUAAGAAUGCGGCAUGUGACAAGCUGAUUGCUGAACGAGUUGCACAGAAACUCAAGGCUGGUACUAGCAGUAGCAGUGGCAACCCAAGCGGCCGUCUUGGAGACGUCCUAGCCAGAAUCCAUGUUGCGCAACCCAUGGGUGGCGUCCGCGAGACAUUCAUUCCCGAGGCGGUCAAGAAUCUUAAGAAAUAUGAUAAAAAUGACCCAGAGCGAAGAAUGUUGGAGCGUGAUAUUGAAGAGGAGAACGGCGGUGCUGGUGUCUACAGCGUAGACCUCCAGAAGAACUACGAUCUGGCCGAUGACGAGUGGAAGUACGACAAAAUGCCUGAGAUUUGGAAUGGCAAGAACGUGUACGACUACGUCGACCCUGACAUUGAAGCUAAGUUGGCUGCAUUGGAGGAAGAAGAGGAAAAACUCGAAGCUGAAGGCUUCUACGACUCUGACGAGAGCGUCGAGGAUGUUGAAGACGCGCAGAUCCGCAUGAAGGCAGACCUGAUCCGCGAGAAGCGGGCGUUGAUGAGGAACGAAGCCCGGUUGCGCAAAACUCUCAAGAACCGCGCCGCUAUCCCUCGCAGUGCCAAGGCCAAGAAGCUCUCUGAAAUGGAAACCGCUCUGGACAGCGCUGGCUACGACACCAUGGACGCGGUUUCUCGUGCCCAAAGCCAGCCCUCUCGUGGCCGCACAUUGGCCCGCGAGAACGGUGACAAUGGCGAUGCAAUGGACAUUGACUCUACAUCUAACCCACGCGAUGCCAUCGCGCGUGCCAAGAGCCGCGCUCGCAGCCAGGCAGCCACCAACAGAUUGACAGACGGUGUCACGGACACAACAACCCGCAGCAAGGCCGACCGACUCGCCAAGCUCUCGCAGAAGAAGAUGAACCGCAUGGCCAGACAAGGUGAGGCCGAUCGACACCAGACCGUGGCGUUGGCCAAGCACUUGUAUUCCGGCAAGAGAGGCAUGGGCAAGACCCAGCGUCGUUGA